CCUCCCGGAAGCCUCGCUUGGUCUUCGCUCGCGGGUAAGGGGUGAGAGGUGGGAGUGCUACGCGGACGUUGGUGAAUAACUGCCCAGAAUUCCGCUCCCGGGCGGCGCAGGUUGGAAGAACUCAGGAAAACAGCUAUCAUCUUGUGCCAAGAUGUCAGGAAUUGGAAAUAAAAGAGCAGCUGGAGAGCCUGGCACAUCUGUACCUCCAGAGAAGAAGACAGCUGUUGAAGACUCAGGGACCACGGUGGAAACAAUUAAGCUCGGGGGAGUCUCUUCAACAAUUAAUAAGACUGGUUUCCUGGGGCAGGAGGAGUUAGACAUUCGAACACUGCAAGCCAAAAAUCGCAAACUGGCAGAAAUGCUGGAUCAACGGCAAGCCAUUGAAGAUGAACUCCGUGAGCACAUUGAAAAACUGGAACGAAGACAGGCCACCGAUGAUGCCUCACUAUUGAUCGUCAACCGGUACUGGAGUCAGUUUGAUGAAAACAUCCGUAUCAUCCUUAAACGUUAUGAUCUGGAGCAGGGUUUGGGAGACCUACUCACAGAAAGAAAAGCCCUUGUGGUGCCUGAGCCAGAACCAGACUCUGAUAGCAAUCAGGAACGGAAAGAUGACCGAGAGAGAGGGGAAGGGCAAGAGCCAGCUUUCUCUUUCCUUGCUACUUUGGCCAGCAGUUCCAGUGAAGAGAUGGAAUCUCAGCUGCAGGAGCGCGUGGAGUCUUCCCGCCGAGCUGUGUCCCAGAUUGUGACUGUCUAUGAUAAACUGCAAGAAAAAGUGGAGCUCUUAUCACGGAAGCUGAACAGUGGAGAUAAUCUGAUAGUGGAGGAAGCAGUGCAGGAGCUGAAUUCCUUCCUUGCACAAGAGGACAUGAGGCUACAAGAAUUGACAGACCUCCUUCAGGAGAAGCAUUGCACCAUGUCUCAGGAGUUCUCCAAGUUGCAGAGUAAAGUGGAGACAGCUGAGUCACGAGUAUCUGUCCUGGAGUCCAUGAUUGAUGACCUGCAGUGGGAUAUUGACAAAAUUCGAAAGAGGGAACAGCGACUCAAUCGACACUUAGUAGAAGUCCUAGAACGGGUGAAUUCAAAAGGUUAUAAAGUAUACGGUGCAGGGAGCAGUCUCUAUGGCGGCACAAUCACUAUCAAUGCCCGGAAGUUUGAGGAGAUGAACGCGGAGCUCGAGGAGAAUAAAGAGUUGGCUCAGAACCGUCACUGUGAGCUGGAGAAACUUCGGCAAGACUUUGAGGAGGUCACUACACAAAAUGAAAAGCUGAAGGUGGAAUUGCGGAGUGCUGUGGAGGAAGUGGUCAAGGAGACUCCAGAAUAUCGCUGCAUGCAGUCACAGUUCUCUGUCCUGUACAACGAGAGCCUGCAGUUGAAAGCCCACUUGGAUGAGGCUCGGACCCUGCUUCAUGGCACCAGGGGGACCCACCAACGCCAAGUUGAGCUCAUUGAGCGAGAUGAGGUUAGUCUUCAUAAGAAGCUGAGGACCGAAGUGAUCCAGCUGGAAGAUACACUGGCCCAGGUCCGCAAGGAGUAUGAAAUGCUGAGGAUAGAAUUUGAGCAGACCCUUGCUGCCAAUGAACAAGCAGGUCCCAUAAACCGGGAGAUGCGCCACCUCAUCAGUAGCCUCCAGAAUCACAAUCACCAGCUGAAAGGGGAGGUCCUAAGGUAUAAGCGGAAACUGAGAGAAGCCCAGUCUGACCUGAACAAGACACGGCUGCGCAGUGGGAGUGCCCUCCUGCAGUCUCAGUCCAGUACUGAGGACCCUAAGGACGAGCCUGCAGAGCUAAAACAAGAUCCUGAGGACUUGUCUGCCCAGUCCACCGCAUCGAAGGCAUCUCAGGAGGAAGUCAACGAAAUUAAGUCCAAACGCGAUGAGGAAGAGCGAGAACGAGAAAGGAGGGAGAAAGAGAGGGAGCGAGAAAGAGAGCGGGAGAAGGAAAAGGAGAGAGAACGAGAGAAACAGAAACUAAAAGAGUCAGAAAAAGAGAGAGAUUCUGCCAAGGAUAAAGAGAAAGGGAAACAUGAUGAUGGAAGGAAAAAGGAAGCAGAAAUUAUCAAACAAUUGAAGAUUGAACUCAAGAAGGCACAGGAGAGCCAAAAGGAGAUGAAACUAUUGCUAGAUAUGUACCGCUCUGCCCCAAAGGAACAGAGAGACAAGGUUCAGCUCAUGGCAGCUGAGAAGAAGUCUAAGGGAGAGUUGGAAGAUUUAAGGCAAAGACUCAAAGAUCUGGAGGAUAAGGAGAAAAAAGAGAACAAGAAGAUGGCUGAUGAAGAUGCCCUGAGGAAAAUCCGGGCAGUAGAGGAGCAGAUAGAAUACCUGCAGAAGAAGCUGGCCAUGGCCAAGCAGGAGGAAGAAGCUCUCCUCUCUGAGAUGGACGUCACAGGCCAGGCCUUUGAAGACAUGCAGGAGCAAAAUAUCCGUUUGAUGCAGCAGUUGAGGGAGAAGGAUGAUGCAAAUUUCAAGCUCAUGUCAGAACGUAUCAAGUCCAAUCAGAUCCAUAAGCUGCUAAAAGAAGAGAAGGAGGAGCUGGCAGACCAGGUUUUGACUCUGAAGACCCAGGUUGAUGCCCAGUUACAGGUAGUGAGGAAGCUGGAAGAGAAGGAGCAUCUGUUACAAAGCAACAUUGGCACAGGGGAGAAGGAGCUGGGUCUUAGGACCCAAGCCUUAGAGAUGAAUAAACGCAAGGCAAUGGAGGCAGCCCAGCUUGCAGAUGACCUCAAAGCACAGUUGGAGUUGGCUCAGAAGAAGCUACAUGAUUUUCAGGAUGAGAUCGUGGAGAACAGUGUCACCAGAGAAAAAGAUAUGUUCAAUUUCAAACGGGCCCAGGAGGACAUCUCUAGACUUCGAAGGAAGCUGGAGACCACAAAGAAACCAGACAAUGUACCCAAAUGUGAUGAGAUUCUGAUGGAGGAGAUUAAGGAUUACAAGGCACGCCUGACCUGUCCGUGUUGCAACAUGCGUAAAAAGGAUGCUGUACUUACCAAGUGUUUUCAUGUUUUCUGCUUUGAGUGUGUGAAGACCCGCUAUGACACCCGCCAGCGCAAAUGUCCCAAGUGUAAUGCUGCUUUUGGUGCCAAUGAUUUCCAUCGCAUCUACAUUGGUUGAUCCAAGCCAAGAGAAGAAGAGGGGCAGGCUGGACAGGCACUUAGUCAUUAACCACCAAACCUCUACCUCUUCUCUCCUUGACUGUCACCCACAGGGCAGUUUGUCCGUCAACUCCCUUUCCUUCACAGACUUUACGUCCAGGUUCUCCUCACUAAUACCUAGGUGACUUCGGGAGGAAAGGACUGGUAAUGCAAGUCUUGGGUUUUAGAAAGAAUUAGAAAAAACUUUUAUUUGUCUUCCCUACCAGCUUUGUGUAUUUCCUGCUUUUAGACUUUUCAACAUCUUCAGGCUUACUGUAUAAUCUUGGAUUGUCCAUUCCUCCUGAAGAAGUCAAAUUGGUAUUUUUGACACAGAGAAAGAAAAAGAGGAGAGACACAUGACUACUUGCAGUGGGCGGUGAUCUUUUAGAAAUAAGCUGUCUGCAGGCAUAAACAGUACUUGAUUGGGGCAGUAAACUUUUUGUAAACUUGGAUUAUAAAAUGGUAUCAUCCUGCUACUUAUUCCUGGAUAGUUUGAAGCCUUAAUAAAAUUUAUGUCCAGGAUAAUUCAAUCCAUUUCCUAUUCACUAGCUAAGUAAUUUGUUAAGGUCAGCUGGCCUCCUCGUUACAGUUACUUAAGUUUUGAAUGUUCUACUCAUUGAUGCCUUUAAGUUUCUCGAGGCCAGAAUAAUUUCAAAUACUAUAGCCCCUUUUAUCUUAUAAUGAAAUCAAGAUUGGAGAGGAUGGGGCACAGGACUGAGAUGGUGAAGAGAUCUUCUAGGUACUCUGGGAUCUCGAUACAAGGAGGCCUUGGUGAGCUAUGAAUUAGUCUCAUCUGCCUCUCCACAGGGGUUGUCGUCACUCCUGUUUUCCAGGAGAUUCUCUGUAACGUUUCUGUAGGACUUUAUACUCCACAAGCUUCAAUUAAAGCAGGAUUCAGUUUGCUUUUGUGUUCAUGUUUUCCUUUGAAAUUUUUCUAUUUGUCAGUAUUAGUUGAUUUUAUACCUGCUGUUUUAGAAUUGAAUUCUCUUGAACAGAAAUAAUCAGUUUUAGAUUAAGGGGCUAGCUCUGUUUAACGUGUUUAUUUCUCUGAUUAAUUGAAGCACUUUUCUCCCAGUUGUUUUAUUGAAUCUGUUCUGGGGAGAGAUUAUGCCUAAAAUAUAAUGGUUUAUUUGACUAUUUAGUUCUCUCUCAUAGUUCGCUAUGGGGGUAAGAGAUGAUGAUUUGUUUUCCAGAGGGUAUCAGACUGCCUGGCACUUUAGUUUGAGAGUUCUUGAAGUACAAGAUUUAUAGUAACCAGAAAACCAGAGGUUUUCUAUAUCUCUGGUAAGGGGUUGUGUAAAAUGGAUCCCUUCUUGAUCAUUACCUGUCCUAGAAGAUGGGUAAGGACACAUUGCGUGUCCUUUUGUGGUCACUACCUGUAAUUAGAAGGACUUGCGAUGGGUUCUGCAGAGUCAUGUGGAAAUGGGUCAAUAAACGAGUCUAACUGAGAAACCUUACAGUGUCAGCAAAGAGGUCACGGGCCUCUCGAUCCCCCCUACCCAACACACACACAGAGCCAUAAGGGGGUCUGGCCCUGCUUCAGGAUACACGGUGCCUUUGCAUUCAUUAAUAGGGCACUUUCCCCUUACUGUUCUCUUCUUAUAAGGCAAGCACGAGCAUAAGUUUGUUGUGAGGGCAAACAGACUAUUUGGGCAGCUAGUGGUUUGGGUUUGCAUAUUAAUUGUUUAUGACACUUGGCUAGGAAAGCCAGCUUGCCCAGCAUCAGGGGACCCUGGAGCCUGUGGAAUGUUGUGGAAGAAACCAGGAGUCCAAUGGGAAGCUGGAUUUAGGGGAAGUUCCUCUAGCUGGAGAGAGCAGGGAGCCCCUAGUCCCAACUAGCUUCAGGUCCAGGCAAUACAGGAGGAGCUCUUAAAGUCAUUUUUAGAUAACGACCAAAAACAAUGGUGACUUGGUGCACUCCGGCUUCUCAUUAGAGAAGAGGUCAAUGAAUGGGCUUCAGGAAUACCCACAAAUGGUAUAC